AUGAGCUCCUCAGCUACUGGCUCGUCUACCUCUGCAUCCUCCGCCGGGCGGCCAUUCUGCCUGGUCAAAUCGUCCAUCAACAUCGAUGAGACGUUCCUGGUGCCGCACAUUGUGCGACCUGGAGAGACCAUGUCCUCGACCGGCCUCGUCUCGCGGCCCGGCGGUAAAGGUGCUAACGUCUCUGCAGCCAUUGCGCUUGCCGGUGCCAAGGUCUCCUUCUCAGGCGCAGUGGGCAAAGACGCUCCAUGGCCUCUGGACGAGCUCAAAUCGCGAAAGGUCAUCACCGACGAUGCCGAGAUCCUGGAAAACACUCCUACCGGUCGAGCUUUCAUCCAGAUCGCCGAAGACGGGGAGAACAGCAUCGUGCUGCUCAAGGGUGCCAACUUUGCGACUGACAGCAAGUCUGCCGACCCCGUCAAGGCGUGGACGUCCAACGCAGAACGACGAAUCACACACUUGGUGCUGCAAAACGAGAUCCCACUGGAAACGACGAUUGCUUUCCUCCAGCAUGCCAAGUCGGACAAGGUGGACAACCACGUUACGACCAUCUUCAACCCAUCGCCCAUGCUCAGUAAGGACCAAGUGCAGCAGUUCCCUUGGACGAGCAUCGACGUGCUCGUCCUCAACGAGGGAGAGAGCUUCGACCUCCUCCGCGUCCUCCAACCCUCCGCGGCCUCAUCUCUCGAAUCGCUCAGCGAAGGCGUAGAGAGAUCGCGCAAAGUCCUGGAAACCCUGUCGUCGCUUGAACAGCUGCGGAACACUGCAUGGGUGGUGCUCACGCGUGGAGGCCAGGGUGUCAUGGCCAACGUCUUGCUCGCCGACGGCAGUGAGAAGCGUGAAUUCUUCAAUGUGCCGCCGUUCAAGCCGAAGCAGGUGCGCGAUACCACUGGCGCAGGCGACACGUUUGCCGGAAACCUCGUGGCUGCGCUCAUGGGCCACAACGUCCAUGCUGAUGAGAGUCUGGUCGAGUCGGCCCGUCCGAAGGAGGCGAAGUUUGUAGAAGAGGCGUUGAAGUGGGCGGCGAGGGCGGCGAGUUUGGCCUGUGAGAAGGAGGGAGCUAUGCAGAGCAUUCCGUCGGCGGACGAAGUUAAGGCGAGAGCUGAAUAG